AUGUCGGAUUUAUCGAAGGAUAUAUCUAAGGAUUUAUCGAAGGAUUUAUCUAAGGAUUUGUCUAAGGAUUUAUCGAAAGAGGAAUCGGUUCAAAUCAGAGAGGUUUGGAACGAUAAUCUCGUAGAGGAAUUCGCGUUGAUUCGUGAAGUUGUUGAUGAUUUCAACUAUGCAGCUAUGGAUACAGAGUUUCCUGGUGUUGUUCUUCGUCCUGUAGGUGUUUUCAAGCAUAUCAAUGAUUUUAACUACCAGACUUUCAGAUUCUCUACCUCAAGCUCUCGAUUCGAUUCCUCUUCAGAUUUGAUUCGAUUGGUUAACAAUUCUCUUGAAAUGUCGAAUUUAUCAUCGAAAGGCGAUUCGGUUCAAAUCAGAGAGUUUCCAGAUGCUGUUCUCCGUCCUAUAGGGGUUUUCAAGCACAUUACCGAUUAUAACUACCAGACUUUGAAGGAUAAUGUUGAUAUGUUGAACCUGAUUCAGUUAGGUCUCACUUUCUCUGAUGAGAACGGAAACCUACCUACUUGUGGCACUGGGAAUCCUUGCAUCUGGCAGUUUAAUUUCAGCGAAGACCUCACUGGGAUUGACGGGGACCAGUACCAAUUCGGCAAGCUUCUUAUGUCUUCUGGAAUGGUUUUGAAUGAUAACAUAAAAUGGAUUACUUUCUACGGUGGAUAUGGUUUUGGUUAUCUGCUGAAGCUUUUGACUUGCAGAACUUUGCCGGAUAGGCAAACGGGGUUCUUCGAUUUGAUUAACAUUUAUUUUCCAAUGCUUUAUGAUAUCAAACAUUUGAUGAAAUUCUGUAACGGGAUUCAUGGUGAUCUGAACAAGCUUGUGGAAUUGUUGGAAGUUGAAAGGGUUGGUGUUGACCAUCAAUCUGGAUCCGAUAGUUUUCUUACUGCUGGGGCGUUUAGAGAAUUGAGUGAUACUUUCUUCAAUGGCGAAACGGAGAAGUAUUCAGGUGUGUUGUAUGGAUUAGGUGAUGAGACUGACUAA